UCCUUCAGCAGCCGCAGCAACAGAUGAAGUUAAAGAGAAAGCAGUCCCUGGCCAAGCGAGGAGCCCGUCAUAGCAGUACCAGUACCAGCAGCAGUAGCAGCAAUCACGGCAGCAAGAAACUUACCCAGCCCAGCAAAUACAGCAAGCUGAGUGCGGCGGAGUCUAGCUUUCAGCAGCUGAUCGACAAAAAUGAAGAUGAUCUCAGCAGCAAUAGCAGCUCUUCGACCUUUUCAUCCUCCUCCCAGCAGCAGUCGUCGGUGGACUACGAGGCGGAGGACGAGAACGAGGACAAGCAGCGCAGGCCGUUGCAUAAAAACGACAACGACAGCUUGCUGCACGUUCAAAAUUUCCUCAAGUGCUUCGGACCGAAUGCUUAUGCAUCGACCAAACCACCCACUCCAGCAAUCGCAUCAAAGCCUCUAGCCAUCGUUAAGUCCAUUGCCGGAGGCCAGCUGCGUGCCUGGCGCCAGAAUUAUAGCUCUCCAAUUAAUGGAGUUCAAGCAGCCACCUCAAUAGCAACAUCACAGGCGGCCCAGUCGACGACAGCCGUAGCGGAAAACCCAAGCACAAGCACUGCCAUGUUUCAAGCCCAGUCCACUGCGAACCAUAAGCCAACCACCAAGUUUCAAAUAAACACAAAGUUUUUGCGCAAACCACGCAACAAACUACUGAAAAUGCUGCCGACAGCGGCAGCUCCAGCUCCAGCGGCGACUGACUUCAAGCAACAGGAGGAGGAACUGCAGCAGCCGCAGAUGUUCAACGAUGAUUCCAACGCCAAAUUCAAAGACUUUUCAAUUGACUCGUUAUUGAAUAAGUAAACGUAAACCAUUAACGGAGUAACUAACACUUACGAUUUAGCCUUAUUAUUUGUAGCAUAAUAGAAGAAAUAUUACAUACAAGCAGAGCCCGACCGCGUUCCUAGUUUCCCCCAACAAAACCACCACAAAUUUUGUUUAGCCAAUCGAGUAGCCACACCGUGAACAUAGCGACAACAUAUUCUAACUAAUUGUAGUUGUUUAUUGUUUAUUUAUUAUAUGCGUAUUGUAUAACCAAUGCCGCAAUUCAUAGCUAGCAUAAGUAUGUAAAUAUCUACUUAAAUUCGAUAAUAAACCACAAACACGUGCUAGAAUUUAGAA